CAGAUCCUGAGUGUCCUAGGAUGUGCAAGAUGAAGUUCAAACCUAGUAGUAUGAAAGGCUUUCCUAUUUCGGAGUUGUAUGAUACUCUUGGUACAACAAAGGAAAUUAAGAGUAUCAUGCUUCCAUCUCCUAGUGAAAAAGAACUUUUGAAGCAAAUCAUGGAUGAUGAGGUUGGACAUGAUGAUGUGGAUGAUAUGAUUGUUGAUGGUUGGACGAAGCGUAUAAUUAAGGAAAAUAAGCCAAUAUGUUUUGAAGAGCUUCAUAUCCAAGAUGUUAGUAGCCGUGAGAUUGAGGCAAAUCCAAAGAAUGCGAAUGUUGUUGGGGUAAGAGUUGGUCGGAAAAAGGUGGCUCUGAAGAAGGUGAGUGAAAAAGGAAUUGUUGAGCAGCUACAGAAGCAGUUGGAAGAUGGUUUAAACAGAAUAUAUAUGAAGAUUGAUGACAUGGAUACAAGACUUACAUAUGUGGAAUCAUGUGUGAAGAAUCUAAAAGAAGCUAAAGAUACUAAAGGUGAGAAGGAAGAUGGAGAGAAAGAGAAAGAGUUGGAAGAGAAUGACUUGGAAGAAGAUGAGACUGAAACAGAUAAAGAGAAAGAGAAAGAAGAUGAGUCAAGUGAGAAGAGAAGCAAGGUGGAGAGGAUGUACGGGAGAAAGAGAACACGCACAACAACGGCAAAAGAACAAGAAGAAAAAGGAGAAGAAAUUCAAGUCGGUUUUCAAGAAACAAGUGAAAGAGGCAGAAAAAAGGCAAAGUUGACAUGGAAGAAAGUGGAUAUUAAGGGUGUAACUGCGGAUCAGGGAAACUCGAUUACUACUAACGAAAGGGUGGUUGUUGAACCGUCUUCGAAAGUGGGAAGUUGGAAACUUGCUUCUAAUCUCAAGUCCACGCGGCAGUAUAAUGUUCAGGUGGGUUCUUCACUUCCUCCUUGCUCUAUCUCUUGCGUUGAUGAACCAUUUUCUGUCUCAGUUUCUUGUAAAGUUAAUCCUGGACCUUUGAAGCAUGUUGUUGAGAAGUAUCCAGAGGCUUUGGAGAAUUUGCUUCCAGGUUCUACUGUUCAAAAUUAUAUCUUGGAGGUGUUCGAUGGAUAUAAUAACCAUGUUGCAGAAGGUACCAAUGUUCUGAUAUGUAUUGAGGGCUAUUGUAUCAAUGACUCGAUGGGCUUAAACCAAAAGGUUAAUAGUUGUGGCUGCAUUGAUCUGUCUGGAAUACUCCAAGUCACGGCUGGCUAUGGGAAAACUAUAUCUCUCUCGGUUAUGUCUGGUAUUGAUGAGAUCUUCAAGAAAGAGUCUCAGACUGAGAGACGAGAGCUCAUGCUCUUAACAAAGCUGCCUGAAUGCUGUGUUGCUGGUUCAAAUCUUACAAACCUCAUUUUUAAAGUGACGGAUUCAGAUGGUGUUAUGGAUACUAGUAUCCAUCAUGAUGAAAAAUCUGGAUGUUUCCAUACAAUGAGCAUUGAAACUGAUUCAAGCAGCGAUGAGAGUGAAAUCAGAUAUGCCUUUGUCCAUGGUUCCUGCAAAGUUCCUACUCUUUCUCUACCUGAGAGGGAGGGUGUCUUUUCUUUCAAGGUUUUCCAUUCUCGAUUUCCCGAGCUUCAUCUGAGCUUAAAGAUUCAGCUUACACCUGCUCAAAUACUUCAAAGAGAUGAGACAUCUUAUUCAAGGAUGGGUUUAACACCUAAAUCAAAGAUGGCUUCAACCACAUAUUCACCGGCUCUCAGUAGCCAAACUGGCCCGAGCCUGAGGGAUGUGGCACAGUUCACUGAGAGCUUUAAAGAAAAUCUUAUUGGAUACAGUGAACACAGAGUGGAAAUAGAUGAGCGCCUACAUUGUUUGGAAGCUGAACAAAACCAGGCUAAGGAAGAGUUGCGUACCUUGCAAGCUUCUCUAGAACCUCUCGGUGCUAUGUUCCCAGAAUGCCUAUCCACCAAAGAAUCAAUGAUGAAACAGAUUGAAGAGAAGCAUCAUGACACUGCAGCAUCAGUUUUCUGUUGUUUGUACAGAAAGUCACCGCCUCCACAGUCACUGUUUCUGUCAAAGAAAGGAGUAUUUGGCCUCGUAGCACUUCUUGGUUCAGUUGCCUCCACCUCCCUUAGCAGGGUGUUAUCUGAAUAUUUGGGAGAAGACAUGUUGCUCGCUUUGGUAUGCAAAUCGGCACAAAUUGGACCUAAUAAUGCUGAGUUUCUCAGGCUUCAGUCCAAUCAUCGGUUUCAUGUUCUAUGUCUUGAUGCAAUCAGACCUUGGAAGGAUGGACUUUUGGAGAACGAUCCUCAGAAGAAAUUAGCCAUGGAUGACCCAAAGCUGCCCGAUGGAGAUCCCAUACCGGGUUUCAAGGGCUAUGCCGUGAACAUGAUUGAUUUGGCUCCAGAGGAGCUCACUGUUCAAACUUACUCAGGAUACGGGCUUAGAGAGACUUUGUUCUAUAAUCUCUUUGGGAAUUUACAGGUAUAGAGACCCAAAAGCAAGUUAAAGCAGCUCUUCCACACAUCAAUGGUGGUGGUGCAGUCUCUUUAGAUGGUUUUAUCGCAAAAGAUAACGGAUUCAUAUAUUCCGGGUGCAGCAUACCGGAAUUUCAUUUCCCGAUUACACUAAAGGAGGAUGAAGAAGUGAAGCUGAGAAAAAUGGAAGCAGCAAGAGAUAAAGUGAGAAUGGCAGCGAAGAAGAUAGAGGAGGAGAAGUGUUCAAUGCGUAAGGUAGACAAGAAAAUGAAGAAAACAAAUGAAAAAUAUCACAAUGUCACAAACUCAUUAGAGCUAAUCCAGUCUCAGUCUUUAGAGUAAUGAGAGUAAAACUGGACCUAAAACGAUUCAAACAGUUUGUUUACCUGUUGGUUAUCGGUUUGGUUUUUGUGUUUUUGGAUUAGUCACUUUUGUUCUGAAAUUUCAUUUUCUUUUUCGGUUAA